CUAAAUGACGUUGUUAGUGAAAGCGAAAGUAAAAUGCUGCUGUUGGGUUUUCAGGGGGAAAACCAGCAUUAAAGCAACUUUACUCCACGAGCUUUUAGUAAAGAAACAGACCAGAGAGAAACGGUCUAAGUGGCACCAUGACGGACUUUUCUACAAUUUAUAAACUGUCUAUUAUCGCCUUCAUCGGCUUUAUACAAGCCUGCAGCUCCUCCUGCCCUGUGAUGGAGUGCUGGUUCGUCCAGGAGAAGCCAGGCAGAGGAGGAGGUCUAACAGGAGCCACGACCCAGGAGAAAUCUCUGCUUUACAUCCGGACAGACUCCCAGAGUCAGACUGCAGAAACCCAGCGAGCUCCAUCUGACAUCAACCCCAACAGAGUUUAUGUCAUAACAGACCCGUCGGCCGCCCUCUGCCACCCCUCCAUGAACCCCCCCAGAGGCUCCAUCAGGAAGCCCCAGUGUGAGAUCAACCCCUUCCUGCCGCAGCCGUCCAGCCUGAAGUGGGUCGCCUCCCUGACAGAAUCAGCCCUCAGCCCCAUUUAUCUGCAGGCCGAUUGGUUCUCAGCUUCCUUCCAGGGCCUCGAUGAGGCGAUCGGCGUUUCCACCAUCUCACGGGCUCCAACCGGAACCAAAGAACACGACGUGAUCCUGAGUAUCACCAGUAAAACCAUGUCUGCCAAGUCCAGACUGGGAGAACCGGUCACUCUGGACUGCAACUUCUGGGUGGACCAGUCCACUCCGCUGUCCUCGUCGGGUUUUGCGGUGGAGUGGCGGUACCAGACCCGAGGCGACGGCCGGCUGGUUCUGGCUUACGACGGGAAGACGGACCGUCUGGCCGACACUCAUGAGGUGGGAGCCACUCUGGACUUCGAGGCUCUGCAUGAGAGAGGAAACGCCUCCCUGUUUCUGGAGGAGGCGAAGGUCCGGCACACUGGGACGUACAUCUGCACCGUCUACCUGCCCUACCUGCUGGCCCAGAUCGCCAUGGAGCUGGAGAUUAUCGAACCUCCAUCUCUCUCCAUCCACCCGUCUGCUCUGCCCCUCGCUGUCCCGGGUCAGACCAUAAACGUCCAGUGUGAAGGUUCAGGCUUCUCCCCGCUCCCUCUGGAGCUGAGCUGGGAGUUUAAAGGUUCUGACGGUCGGUCCAUAUCUCUGGGGUCCGGCAGCAUGUCGGGUCACAGACAGGCCUGGGACGGCACCUUCAGCCAGAGCAGCCGGCUGGUGCUGGACACGUCCAAACUGGACCUGGGCCGAGGAGGAGAGCUCAGCUGUGUGGCCGUUCAUGAAGGAGGAACGCGGCGGGCCAGCGUGACCCUCAACGUUAUCGGGUUCAGCAGUCCCUCCAUCGAGGACUCCAUGGCGAUGGUCGGCGUGGCGCUGGUUCUCUAUGGAUUCAUCAAGUUUGUGUCAUGGACCUUUACUGGAUCAGGCUCAAAUAAAGCUGAUGAAGGAGAUAAGAAAGAAAAGUAAAGAUGAAGAAGUCGACGGAUGUUAAUGACUUUUCUUACCUUCAGUGGGAUUUUAGGAGCAGCUCCACCUCUUCACCCAGAUCAUCCUUUCACUGUUUUACUGCCUGGUCAGAAAUCUCUGCAGAAUUCACUGUUUUUAUGUUUUCAGAAAAAAAAAUUUUAUUAGGAAAGCUUUUCAUGUUGGAUAUGUAUAUAUUUGUGUCAAUAUUGUCUCUUUUUUUUGAGGGUUUAUUGCAAACACCGGGAAAGGGAAGCAAUCAUUAAAGUAAUUUAGAAUAAUGGAAGCUUUGUCGGGUGAAAAAGUUUGUCUUGUUGAAUGUCUUUGUUUUUGCUUUUUGUUGGAAAUUGUGAUGCUCUUAAAGACUGAGUGAAACUUCUUGUUCUUUUUAUAGAAACAUGAAGAAAUGUUUUAGAGAGUGAAUCUAAAAGAAAGUUUUUCAUUUCUGUAUUUUCUCUAAAAUAAACAUGUUUCUUAAAACAU